AUGAAGGUCCUACAGUUUCUCCGGCAUAAUAUGCUCCUCAUCUCCACAAUUAUCGCUGUUGUACUGGGAAUUGUUGCUGGGAUGGUGUGCCGAAUGCUCAAGCCGUCCCCAGACGCUAUUCAGCUGGUGCAGUUACCUGGAGAGCUUUUCCUUCGUAUGCUGAAGAUGCUGAUGCUGCCUCUAAUAAUAGCCAGUAUCAUUACAGGUGUCAUUACCUACUGCACUGUUUUUGCUGUGACGCUCGGCCAGCUAGGUCGUCGUGGAGCAGUGGUGACACAAUUCUUUACAGCCGUCAACAUCGUCACCUGCAAAAUGAUCAGACUUGUCAUGUGGUAUUCACCACUUGGCAUACUGUUUCUCGUCAUGGGCCAGAUAAUGUCCACAAGUGACAUGACGGAGACUGGACAAACACUGGCUAUCUACAUUGCAACUGAGUUGGCCGGAUUGGCAAUCCAUUCACUGGUGGUCCUUCCAGGCUUGUAUUUCAUCCUGACAAGAAAGAACCCAUAUGCCAUAUAUCUCAAAGCAAUACAAGCUCUGCUGACGGCCUUUGCAACAAGCUCCAGUGCUGCCACGCUGCCGGUGACGAUGCAGUGCGUCGAGAAGCGGAUGAAGAUGGACACACGGAUUUCCCGUUUCAUCCUCCCAGUGGGCGCCACAGUCAACAUGGAUGGCUCAGCGGUGUAUGUUGCCAUCGCCCCUGUGUUCAUAGCUCAGUACAAUGGAAUCAGCAUGUCAAUUGGAGACGUAAUAAUUGUAAGUUUAACAGCUGUUCUGAACAGUAUAGGAUCUGCUGGCGUUCCUGGUAUUGGGUAUGCUGUGUUGUUGCUUGUCCUAAACUCUAUUGGUCUCCCGGAUCGAGGCAUCUCCUUCUUGGUGACUGUUGACUGGUUGAUAGAUCGUUUUCGCACCGCCGUAAAUGUGGCAAGUGAUUGCCUGGUCGUAGGAGUUUUCUCCCAUUACACGGAACUUCCUCCACGUGACCCGUCAGAGACACAAAGUGAGCCGCAACAGGAAGAUCAGGAGAUGCUUGAGAAUGGCCUUGUGUGA